AUGAACCAGCCUCUUGGCUUGGGGAAAAUCCCCCGCAGCACCUUGGACUCGUUCAUGCAGCUCCAGAGCACCCUGUGGCUCCUGGUGGGCCUCUCGGUCCACGGUGUGGCUGUGAUGCUCUAUCUCCUGGACCGUUUCAGCCCCUUCGGCCGCUUCAAAGUCAACAGCGGAGAGGAAGAGGAUGCCCUCACCCUGUCGUCAGCCAUGUGGUUCUCCUGGGGAGUCUUGCUCAACUCUGGCAUCGGAGAAGGCGCUCCCCGGAGCUUCUCCGCACGGAUCCUGGGGAUGGUGUGGGCUGGAUUCGCCAUGAUCAUCGUGGCCUCUUACACUGCCAACCUGGCGGCCUUCCUGGUGUUGGACAGACCCGAGGAACGGAUCACGGGCAUCAAUGAUCCCAGGCUGCGCAACCCGUCCGACAAAUUCAUCUAUGCCACGGUCAAGCAGAGCUCGGUGGACAUCUACUUCCGCCGGCAGGUGGAGCUCAGCACCAUGUACCGCCACAUGGAGAAGCAUAACUAUGAAAGCGCCGCCGAAGCCAUCCAGGCCGUCCGGGACAACAAGCUCCAUGCCUUCAUCUGGGACUCGGCUGUCCUGGAGUUCGAAGCCUCCCAGAAGUGCGACCUGGUGACCACUGGAGAACUCUUCUUCCGGUCUGGAUUCGGAAUCGGAAUGAGGAAGGACAGUCCCUGGAAGCAGAAUGUCUCGCUGGCCAUCCUCAACCUCCACGAAAAUGGCUUCAUGGAAGAGCUGGACAAGACGUGGGUGAGGUACCAGGAGUGCGACUCAAGGAGUAAUGCCCCGGCCACCCUCACCUUUGAGAACAUGGCAGGUGUCUUCAUGCUGGUGGCCGGUGGGAUCGUGGCCGGAAUCUUCCUGAUCUUCAUCGAAAUCGCCUACAAGAGGCACAAGGACGCCCGACGGAAGCAGAUGCAGUUGGCCUUUGCUGCCGUCAACGUCUGGAAGAAAAACCUACAGGAUAGACCAAGUGCUAGAGCAGAACCAGGCCCUAGAAUGAAAACCACUUUUAGGUCCAUCACAUCCACGCUGGCCAACAGCUUCAAGAGCCGUAGGUCCUGCAGAGACACGCAGUACCACCCCACUGACCUUGCGGGGCAGCUCAACCUCUCGGACCCCUCGGUCAGCACCGUGGUGUGAGGACCGCCAGCUUGGGAAGGGGCAGCCGAGAUGCCCGAGGGGAGACUUGGGGGCCCCACCCCACCCCGUCACUUCUUUCCUGCCCACCCCCUCUCAGACUCCCCCAGGGGCCUCAGAAUGGACCGGCUCUUUAUCUUCUUCUCCCAUGGACCUCCCUUGGGGACCGGCGCUGAGGAAGUGGCCCCGCCCACAUGCCACAGACGGACAGAGACUGAGCUCUGGUGUGCCUUUGGUGCCCACUUCCCGUUUCCUUGCGCCCCUUCAAAGGACACCCUCCCAGGAAAGCCUGGCUUGCCCGCUUUCUCAAGAGAGGAGGCAGCUGGGCGCAACUGGGAGAAUCCCGUCCGUGUACAGUGCUCCGCUUCCGGUUGUCCACGUUGGGGCUUGCUCGAUUUGGGGGGCUCACUGACUGACCAUCCUGUCCAUGUACAUAAUCUGCUUCUCUUCCUUUUGUCCACUUUGGGGAUCACUCAAUUUUUUGGGGAGGGGCGACUUCCUUCCUUCCUUCCUUCCUUCCUUCCUUCCUUCCUUCCUUCCUUCCUUCUUUCCGUCCUUCCGUCCAUCCUUCCUUUUUUCCUUCCUUCCUUCCUUUCCAAGACUUCCCAACCGCCUCUUCCCUGCUUCCUUUCAUUUCCCCAACAUUCCUGCCUAUUCCCAUGGAUCCAUUGAGCUGACUUCCUCCCUUCUUAGAGAUCCAUUCGGGUCUCUUAGAGAUCCACUCCUCCCCUGAUCUUCCCUUUAUUGUACAUUAUGUUGUCAGAAACCCAGGGUAGCAGGGUAUAAAUAAGUUGUUGUUAUUAUUAUUGAUAUUAUUAUUAUUGAUUUUAUUGAUAUUAUUAUUAUUGAUUUUAUUAAUAUUCUUGUUGUUGAUAUUAUGAUUGAUGUUGUUGUUGUUUACUUGAAUCCUGCUAGCAUUUUCACUCGUCUGAAAUCAUUUCUCACAUAUUUACCUAACAUCUGGAAUUGCACACUGGAAUUUGGGCAUCUCCUCCCAAGG